ACCUAAUACUUAUUCAUUAAGAGAAAAAUCUACAAAACAUUUAAUGCAAGAUUACAUUAAAAGUCUUGCUUCCAUUUGUGUGGCUCCAUGUGGCUGUUCUUGCUGCUACCUUGCAGCCUUCCAUUUGCUUUCAUUUGCAUUACAUUUCAGCCUCAUUUCACCAACAUUUCAUCAACAUUUUGCAGCAUAGGUUGCUGCACUUUGCUGCUACCGUGCUUUGAUUGAGCUCUCCCAUCUUUUCAUUUUGCUGCCACUUGUGCAGCUUUCUUUCCAUUUGCUGCCUCUUGUGCAGCUUUGACACCACAGCUCCAACACUUUCUGAAUCUUAUGGAAUAGUUCAAUUUAAUAACCUCAUCAUUUUCAGUAUCAAAAGUAUCCUCUCCAUCAAAAUUAAAAACAAUGGGUUGUUGGUCAGGAUUAGUUCUAUGUUGUUGUUAAACUUCUUUCGGAAUUCCCAGAAUUCCUGCUUCAGCUUGCCUCUGAUUUAAAUGGGCAGCUUCAGUGUUUUGACUGGAAUCAGGACCAUCUAAAAAAAGCUCGGCCCCUUGUCUUUCAGGCUCUCUCUCAGAUAGGCUCUCCUUUACCACCUCUUCUUUGCUUUCCUUUCCCAAAGUUGAGAUGCAUAAUGUCCUUUUGUGAACAUUUGUCUCAUCUUCAAGACAUGGUGUGUUAACAUCUCUACAUGAAUAAGAAGUUGAACAAAUAAACUCAUCACUUUCAGUAUCAGAGAUAUCCUCUCCAUCAAGAUCAAGAACAACGGGUUGUUGGUCAGGAUUAGUUAUAUGUUGUCGUAGAACUUCUUUCUGAAUUCUUUCUUUAUCUUCUCUGUGAUUUACUACAUGGGUAGUUUCAGUGUUUUCAUUGGAUGCAUUGUCAAUGUUGUAGGCAGGGCUGUCUUAUAGUUGGGCCCCUUGCUUUUCAGGCUCUCUCUGAGAUAGGUUCUCCUUUACCACCUUUUCUUUGCCUUCCUUUCCAACAGUAGUGAUGCAGACUGCCCCACUGCAAACAUUUGACUCAUUUUCCAUACAUGGUUUGUUGACAUCUAUACAUGAUAUGGAAGGCCCUGAUUGUUGUUCAUCGGCUAGAUUUCUUUGA